GGGGUGCUGGGGCUCAUGUCCCGCCUGGCUCUCACACUGGGCUCCAAAGUAUCACAGGACAGACCACACUGGCAUCGUCUGGUCCAACCUCGUUGCUCAAGCAGGGCCAGUGAGUCAGACCCAACAACCCCUCCGUGUGCUCUGCUCCGGGGGUCGCUCCCCGCCGUGUCCAGGGCCGCUCUCCCGUGCAGGGGGUGUCUCCCCGCGGGACCCGCCCGGGCCCGGCCCCUCCGCGUCACUUCCUCGGGCAGGGACCCGCCCGGACCUGCGCACGGGGCUCCCUCUCCGCGUCAGGGCCGGCACAAGAUGGCCAAGCGCACCAAGAAGGUCGGGAUUGUGGGUAAAUAUGGGACCCGUUACGGUGCAUCCCUUAGGAAAAUGGUGAAGAAGAUUGAAAUCAGCCAGCAUGCCAAGUAUACCUGCUCUUUCUGUGGCAAGACCAAAAUGAAGAGGAAGGCUGUGGGUAUCUGGCACUGUGGAUCCUGCAUGAAGACAGUUGCUGGUGGUGCCUGGACUUACAAUACCACCUCUGCAGUGACAGUCAAAUCUGCGAUCAGAAGACUGAAGGAAUUGAAGGACCAGUAGAAGCUACUUCCUGUUCUCCAUGUGAAACAUCUUUUUUUCCUAUUGUCAACAUCUGUCCUUUUAUCAAUAAAAGAGUGAUAAUGGAGUAGAA